AACAUGACUGCCACAAACUUUCUUUCUCGGACUUAAUGGACAUAAGAAAUAAUAAUAUUCACCUUUUUCCCUAUUACCAUGUCUCCUUAGACAUACACCAAUGAGGAGCAGAACCCCAACGCCUCUCCUCUCCCCAAAUGGAAAGCCUCAAAAAUCCGUUUCUGAGUAUAACUGGAGUGAUGCAGGUACUGUUGCCAAGGUGAGGAAUGUCUCCACCAUCGGAGCUAUCAAACGGGCAGCCAAGAAAGUAGUAGGAGUCUUUGCUUUAAUUUUCUCAGGGCAGAGAAAGCUAAAACCUAGAGAAUGUCGAUCUGAUCCUGGAGACUGCAGCAACCUCGACAGAGAAUCUACAUUGUCAGGGUGGUCUGGUUAUUCUACACCAAGCUCUUAUGGAGGAGGGUCAAAAAUUUCAGGUCAAUAUAGAUUUUCUGGUUCAAGAUUCAAAAGUCCUGGCAGAGACUCUUCUUCUAGCAAGAGCUGGCACCAUGGUCCAGUGAUCUUUUCUUUUGCGGAGCUUCAGAGAGCAACUGCGAAUUUUGCAACGGUUCAUCAGAUUGGAGAAGGCGGCUUUGGAACUGUAUUCAAGGGAAAGCUUGAUGAUGGAACCUUUGUUGCUAUCAAGCGUGCCAGAAAGAACAACUACGGAAGAAGCUGGUUGCGAGAGUUCAAGAAUGAGAUAUACACAUUGUCAAAGAUCGAGCAUAUGAAUCUAGUAAAGUUGUAUGGAUUCUUGGAACAUGAAGAUGAAAAGGUUAUUGUUGUUGAAUACGUUGGCAAUGGAAACCUAAGAGAACAUCUAGAUGGAUUACGAGGUAACCGCCUUGAAAUGGCAGAACGUCUUGAGAUAGCAAUUGAUGUAGCUCACGCUUUGACCUAUCUCCACACAUAUACAGAUACUCCAGUUAUACAUAGAGACAUUAAAGCAUCAAACAUCCUCAUCACUGAUAAGCUAAGAGCCAAAGUGGCAGACUUUGGAUUUGCUCGUUUGGUUUCUGAAGAUCCAGGUGCUACUCAUGUAUCGACUCAGGUCAAAGGAUCUGCAGGCUAUGUUGAUCCAGAUUACCUCAGGACGUUUCAACUUUCAGACAAGAGUGAUGUUUACUCUUUUGGUGUUUUGCUUAUAGAGCUUGUCACCGGUAGACGUCCCAUUGAGUUAAAGAGACCAAGAAAAGACCGACUCACGGUUAAAUGGGCGUUGAGUAGACUCAAAGACGGUGAAACUGUUCUUGUGAUGGAUCCGUUACUCAAGAGAAACCGAGCUGCAGUAGAAGUGGCAGAGAAGAUGUUGAGACUGGCUAGAGAAUGUGUUGGUCCGACGAGAGGUACACGUCCGUCUAUGAAAGAAUGUGUGGAAAAGCUAUGGGGAAUCAGGAGAGAUAUGAAGGAGACCAUUCUUGUUUCUUCCCCUUCUGUUUCUUCGUCUUCUUCAGCAACACAUAGCUUUGUUGGUCGUGACUCGGAUAGAUUUGCAUUGCCAAAGAUUAUAGACGAUGAGAACAACACUGAGUUACUCUCUCCUUGAUGGCUCCAAUUUGUAAAAACAUAUCUUUUUACUUAAUUACUAUGAGUAUAAAAUACAUACAUGAACUGUAAUUUCUUUUCUUUGUUAUUUGAUUUAUAUAUUGAAUACAUUCAUGUA